AUGCAAAAGAUCAUAUUUGCUGCAGCAAUCUUGCUCGCUUCUUGUUAAGGAAUAUAAGUUAGUCAAGCUCUCUAAAAGCAAAGAGGGUAACUUGGAUGGAGGUAAGAAGUAACAAAUAACUUCACCUGGAAUGCUACUCAAGAGCUUAAUUGGUCAGUUGUCAAUGCUUUCAUAGAUGUGCAAACAUCGCCUGAAGGAGAUAUUUUCGCUAUUCAGAAAAUAUCUUCAGAUGUAUCUGAUACAAAGUACCAUCUCUACAAUUACAACAUAUCAUCAAACAUUUGGAGUCUUGUCAACAGUAGCUUCCAGGUUAAAGCUGUUAGAUUCGACAGACUUGGUAAUAUUUAUUACCUAGACCCUGAGAACUGCGUGAGAAACUCUGAAAAGGUAAAACUUAUUUGCGGACUUUCAGACUUUGAAGUUACAGUAAACAAAGAAAUUUUGGGACUUCAUGAUGGUUCAAAUCUUCUUUAAACUGAUAAUCUUUAAAGUACUUACAAAGCAGCACUAGUGAGUCCAUUCAAAUAUAAGGCAAUCACUGGUUUCAAAGGAAUAACUCUCUUGAGAGAUGAACCAAUCUUUAUAGCAAACGAUGGAACUGUUGAUGCCAAAUACGGAGGUGAAAAGUUAAUUAGCAUCAGCGCAGGUAUUGAUGGUUCUCUCUGGGCCUUAUUAGAUGAAGAAAAUGCAGUUGAUUACACAGUGCUAAAGUGGCAAACUAUCACUUAGAAAUGGUACAAAGUAGAUGGUGCCAAAGGAGUUUCUCUCUCAGCUUACAAUGAAAUCUCAGUAGCAAUCGUAGAUUCUAAAGGACUUUUAAGUUUAUCAUCUUAAGUUGGCCAUUAAAAUGAGGCUGACUAUACAGCUUCAGUUGUUCAGCCACCAACUAAUCCACCAGUCUCAGUUAGACCAGAUAUUACUUCUUUCACGAGCAACCUUGCUACUUUCGAUGAUUUUAAAUGGUUGUCGACUGUUGUUCCAGGUAAAAACUUUUCAAGAUUUGAGCAAAAGUUUCACUCAUAAUUUGGUGGUUUGACCAGAGAAUCUGCUAUAAAUGCAAUUGCUAAUAUACCAAAUUUAUUUAUGAUCUACAAAACCAACUAUAGCGCUGUAACCGGAUUUUAUUUAUAGGAAUCUUUGCCUGCUACUAAUGAAACUCUUGUCAUCAAACCAAAUUAUAAUGUUAUCUAUUCAAUUACAAACAGAGUUUCAUUUGUACCCACGACCAAAAACAUUACUUAUUACUAAAACGAGGAUAUUACUAAACAUUUUAUUGUCUUAUCUGAUAAAGCAGCAUUGAUUUUCCAACCGCACUGUGGUUCCUAUAAUAAUGGGUAAUCUAAAGAUAACUUCUUUGAAAUGCCUCCAAAUGAAAAUUAGAAUAGAGUUAUGUCUACAACCCUUACUGGUAAUCCUUCUUCUCAAUUAGGCUCAGAAAAUGUGGCUUGUGUUGAAAUAGAAUACUAUCAAGGUAUUAUUUGA